AGAUGGGGGUUGAUGGCGUGGCCCGAGGUCUACCCCGAUUCUCUUGCCUUUGGUAUCGGCGCCCUGAGAUCACCAUCCUCGCGCCCAAGGGCUGUCGCGGGGCUUGCUGGGCCCUCUGCCCCUGACUACCCCGUUAGAGCUCUUGGACCCUGCUGCCGACUUGCCUCCCUUUUCUUCCCAGCUGGGGCUAGGGCUCCGGCAGGGAGGGGAGCUGGGGAGAGAGUCUGCUUGAGGAGGCUUCAGGGGUGAGCCCCUCUCCCAAGUGGACUCAUGGCCUCAGUGCCCCCCAUCAUCUCGGGAUUCUGAGUCCCCCUCCCCGUUAUUACUGGAACCCUCCUCCUAGGCUGCUCAUGGGGGGCGUCGCGGCCUACGGGAUGGCUCCUCGGUCUGGGAAAGGCGAAGCCCCCAAACUGAGGCGGACUGUAGUCCCCACCUUCAGCCCGCGGGUUCAGCCUGUGCGCCCAGCCUUGGGGCUGAAUGCACGCUCCUGGCGCAGCUCUCUGGACUGCCACCUCACCGCCCUGAGCAAGUCGCUCCCCAACAAGCCUGUCCCCCAGUGCUUGGCCAGGUGCUGUCACGCGCGAGGUGGCCUCUGGCUCGCUCUAGCCUGGGGGAUCGUGAGGGAGACUCCGUCGGUCUCGGCCCUGGGCCUCUUCCUGUAAACAAGUGUCUAAAGAAGGCUCCACUGCCCAGGCGGUCUGCGCCUUUCUGGGCGGCCCUCCCGCUCUGCUUCUGUAAACCUUAGUCUCAUGGGGAGUGAGAACCGCUUCUCUACCUCGGGCCGUUGCCCCCAAGUAUUCAGUGCGUGUAUGAUGCUUAGCAUGCUUCCAGCACACGUUCCGUGAUAAUAGGGAAAGUCGCUGGGCUGGGUCGGGGGUGGGUGCUGACCUGGCACAACUCCUGGAGAGCCAGGCCUUGAACAAUGAGUAACAGCAAGACUAACAGCACUGGCACUGGCUGAGCCCCUUCAAGCCCUGUGCAUCUCUUGCCACAUCAGAGAGAACUGGCCCCCUCUCCCAGAUGGCUUGAAUCCUUCCGACAACAUUAGCGGCUGGUGGGUUGGAACCGGUUAACCACUGUGCCACCAGGGCUCCUUAUUCCCUUAUACAGGUGUGACCCCUCUUCCCUGCCCCCCGGCCCAACUGCAGGACGCCGGUCCCUACCCCUCAGCAGACGCCGGAGAGAGAUGAGUAGCAAGAAAGAGCAGCGGUCAGUAGUGUUCGUGAUCCUCUUUGCCCUCAUCACCAUCCUCAUCCUCUACAGCUCCAACAGUGCCAAUGAGGUCUUCCAUUAUGGCUCCCUGCGGGGUCGCAGCCGCCGGCCCAUCAACCUCAAAAAGUGGAGCAUCACCGAUGGCUACGUUCCCCUUCUGGGCAACAAGACGCUGCCCUCCCGGUGCCACCAAUGUGUGAUUGUCACCAGCUCCAGCCACCUGCUGGGCACCAAGCUGGGCCCUGAGAUUGAGCGGGCUGAGUGUACCAUCCGCAUGAACGAUGCACCCACCACAGGUUACGCAGCUGAUGUGGGCAACAAGACCACCUUCCGUGUGGUGGCCCACUCCAGUGUAUUUCGUGUGCUGCGAAGGCCCCAGGAGUUUGUCAACCGGACCCCUGAAACCAUAUUCAUCUUCUGGGGCCCCCCAAGCAAGAUGCAGAAGCCCCAGGGCAGCCUUGUGCGUAUCAUCCAGCGGGCAGGCCUGGUGUUCCCCAACAUGGAGGCCUACGCCGUCUCUCCCGCCCGCAUGCAGCAGUUUGAUGACCUCUUCCUGGGUGAGACGGGCAAGGACAGGGAGAAGUCCCAUUCGUGGUUAAGCACAGGCUGGUUCACCAUGGUGAUUGCGGUGGGGUUGUGUGACCAUGUGCACGUUUAUGGCAUGGUCCCUCCUGACUACUGCAGCGGCCCCGCCAGCAGCACAUGCCCUACCACUACUAUGAGCCCAACGGGCCGGAUGAGUGUGUCACCUACAUCCAGAAUGAGCACAGCCACAAGGGCAACCACCACCGCUUCAUCACUGAGAAGAGGGUCUUCUCGUCCUGGGCCCAGCUGUAUGGCAUCACCUUCUCCCACCCCUCCUGGACCUAGGCCACCGUGCCUAGGGACACAAAGAAGCGGCUUGCCGCUCAGCCGCUCAACCACGGAGCAUCUCCUGGCCAGUCAACGCUGGCCAGAGUGUCUCCUGGAGAAUCAGGGCCUUGAAGAGGAUUUAUCCUCUAGCCAGUCAGGGCCUGGUCAUAUCUCUUGGCCAAUCAGGGAUUUGGGAUUCAAUGUGGUUAAUCAGGGUGUCAGGGAGGUAAUUCUGUCCAGUCAGGGUUUGAGCAUAGUCAAUCAGGGUAUGGGACUAUUUCUAGUCAAUCUAGGCCAAGGACAUGCCCUUUCCCAUGAGGCCUUGGUUCAGAGCCCUAGGAAUGGACCCCCAGAUCACUCCCCACUUGGUUUUUAGCCCAAGAAGCUGGAAACUUUAUGUGAUUCCUUCACCUCCCAGUGCCAGAAAGAGACAUUGUGUGGGGACAGGAGCUGUCUAGAGGCUGAGCUGGAGAAUUUGUAGGGGUUGUGGGGAGGUCCCAGAAAUGGAAGUCCUGAAUCUGGGUCUUGGCUCUGCCACGGGACCUUGGGAAAAUCCCUCUCCUUCUCUGGGGACCCUUCUGCCUAUGUCAGGUUCUAUGUGGAGUCUGAGACCCCCUCUUCACCUCCCCCACUGACCUGACCACCCUUGGAUCUGUCCUCCGGACCUCUCCAGCCACCACCCCUUGCUGGGAGGCCCAGCUCCCUGGGAGUCAGGGGUUCCUUUCUCCAUCUCCUUCUGGAAAACUUCAGGGUGUUUUUACGAAAGCUCCUCCAGGGUUGGGGGACUCUUUGACAGGAAUGGGACAAACCUUCAGCUGUUUUCUUAGUCCUCUCAGCCGCACUGGCAUUAGCUUGGCUCUUAAAGGGCCAGGCCUCCUUUUCACCAUCUAGUGUAAGGCCCCUCCACUUGGGGCCCUUGGGGCUGAGAAAGGGUGGGAUCCCAGCCAAACUUGGGUUUCAUGUGGUUCUUUUGUGUGGAGCCACUGGGACCACUGGGGGCUUCAAGGGUCUCCCCACCUGGGCCUGGGAUGGCUGUAGGGAGCCAGGAGCCAUGUUGCCUGUGUUCUGUCCCCCUCCUUCAAAUGGCACUUUAUUGCUGGGGCUCAGUAGAGUGGAUUUGCUCCCUGUUCCUCCAGAGCCUGGAAAGGAAGACUUGGAGGGCUUUCUGGAGGAGGUCGUGGAGGUGGAAGGGUCAGGCAGAGGUGGAGGUCAGCAGACAACCAUUGCACAUUGGGGUGGGGGGCUGGUGACUGCCCCAGACUUGGUUUUGUAAUGAUUUGUACAGGAAUAAAUGCACCUAAGCUCUG